AUGCCGGUCUUGCAGGAGUAUUGGACACACGUCGUCCAGACGUAUCCCCCAAAUUGGAUCGAAUUGGGGAUUGUACUAGGAGCACAAGUCCUCGGCUACUGGCUUCCCUCAGCAAUCUUCCUGGCAGUGGACCUGGGCUUUCCCAGAUGGAGUUCGGAACAUAAACUACGGUCGGAGAAACGCCAGCCAUCACUCAAGAGCAUUCUACAUUGCUUGCGAUAUGUGAGCAUCAGCUUCGCGGUUCAGACCAGCAUUCAGCUCUUGAUGCAGAUGGACUUCUCUUGGGCCGGUGGCAAGUUGGUCGUGAGGAAGAAGGCCAACCCUACGCCGUUCAGGGGCCUACGCUUCACGAAUUCACUGCGCAUUUCCUCUUCGCCAUCGUCGCCCGCGAGCUUCUCUUCUACACCGCUCAUCGACUACUCCACCAUCCAAGACUCUACCCUCACAUCCACAAGAAACACCACCUCUUUGCCGCACCCAUGA